AUGAUUCUUUUGUUGGCGAUGAUUCUGUCGACCAUGAUCUUGAUGUUUUCCUUUAUAAAGAGAAUUAACAGAAGAAAGACGCCUAUCGAAGAAAAUCCAAAUACGGAGCUUGAGAUGUACUUCCUUCAGAAGUCUGAGGGAGCACCAUCCUCUGUGCUUCUUAAACAACUUGUCAAGGCAGCAGCUUGUUUCAAAGAAAGGGUGAUGAAGUUGGAAAAGGACAUGGAGAUUCUCGGUACUUUGUAUGAAGACAGGAUGAUCAGCGAGGAGCACUGGGAAAGAAUUAACGAAGAGAGUAAGAACUGUGAGGUAGAGAGGAUAUGCAUUGAAUCGGAGGCAAAUAUAAUCAAACCUGGAUAUGGGGAGGAGAUCUUCAAGGAUGCUUCGAAGAUCAGCAUAACGAAUACAAAGAAAGGAAAGAGUUCUGGAGACAACAACGCCUUGUACCAAAAGAAGAAAGAAGCGCUUGAGUUUGAGUUAAUGAGGAAGCUAGGGGUUAAUAAGUGA